UUAUGUCAUUGUCAAAUUUUAAUCAAAUCGCUCUUCAGUGUUGUUUUCUGUGAUUGUUUUGUUAAAUUUGUUAGAUUAAUUUGAACGACUAUGCAGAAGUCAUAAUCACACGGGAAUGAAUAUCUUUGUAUGCAAUUCAUAUUUUAGAAAUCUGUAAUUAUGUGGGUUAAACCGCAAGAAGUCUUCAUAAAAACUGCGCUGUGGGACUGUGAUGAGACAACCUUAUACUUUGUUCUUCAAAGAAGAAAGGGCCAUGGCAAAUCGAAAGGACUGUCUUCGCUUCUAGUGGGCACACUUGAUAGCGUCUGGGAUACAAAACCAGCACCUUAUAGGAUACUGCAUCAAACUCCUAAUUCUGAAAUAUAUUAUGUUAUAGCCACAGCCUUGACAGAGAAAGAAAUCCGACAAGACUGGCAAUGGUUGUUUGAUAAUGUAAGCCCUACCUUGCAUUCCUUUGACACUGAAGAAGAGAUUACAGAAUUUGUAUGCUGUAAAAUUAACUCUAUUAUUGCUACUGAACAGGAGAAUUUAACAGAAGAUGAAGAUACAUACAAAAAUGUUGAUUAUGAAUUUCACCAAAGAUUUGCAAUGCCAAAAGAUGAAAAACUGGUGUGUUACUAUUCUUGCAGUUAUUGGAAAGGUAAAAUGCCUCGACAAGGAUGGUUAUAUUUGUCAGUACACUAUAUGUGCUUUUAUUCAUAUAUAUUUGGAAAGAAGACAACUCUUAAGAUCAGAUGGGCGGAUGUCACUGAACUAGCAAAGACCAAUAGCAUAUUGUUUCCGGAUUCAAUCAAAAUAGUAACAAGAGAUGGGGAACACUAUUUCACAAUGUUUUUGAAGAAGGCGGAAACUUUUGCUCUAAUGCAGCAACUAGCUAAUAUAGCUAUGAAACAGUUAAUCGACGACAAAUCUGGCAGCUUUAACAUGGAUAAAGAUUUACUCACAAAGUUGAGUAAGAAUGUACCAAAGAAGCCUUCAUUCCUCAAGCGAGAUUUGGACGCUAGGAAGCAAUCGAAUCUGUACACACUACGGUUUCGUCUACCUCACACUGAGAAACUGGAUGGUAGUGAAGAAUGUACAUUGUGGACACCAUAUAAUAAAAGAUAUAAUUGGGGCAGAUUAUAUCUCUCGCAGAAUUUCAUAUGCUUCGAUAGUCGGGUGAGACAUCUGGUCAGGUUGACCAUACCACUGCGGAAUGUUCACCAAGUAGAACGUGCUGAUUCCGGGGGUGCGGGUAGUUCUGACUCCGGCAGUAUUCUCAUCACGACCGCACACCACACCAGCUUUCUUUUCGGCAAUAUAUCUGAUAGAGACUUCCUCGUACACAAGAUAUCUGAACUGCUCGCUAAAUUGCCCAAUGAUUUAUAUAGGGAGAAGGCGACUAGAGUUCAAGAGAAGAACGAAGAGGGACCGGACUGGGCACCUCAACCACCUCUAAUGACGUUGUUCAAGACGCAUCAAACAGCCACCAUUAAACAAAUACAACAGAAGAAGGAAAAACAAUGGGAGGAUCAUAUGGCGGAAGUAGGUCGUGGCGUAAGCAUGUAUCAAACAACAGCUGGCAGUGAACUUGUAGUCAAUGGUAUACCGGAGUCCCUGCGAGGCGAGUUGUGGAGCGUUUUCUCCGGUUCCAUUCUACAGAAAGUGCAGAAUAAAGGCCUGUACACGAAACUUGUUAAUGAGGCUCUGUCCUCUAAGAAUCAAGCUAAUGAUGAGAUCGAAAGGGAUUUGCAUAGAUCGCUACCUGAACAUCCUGCGUUCCAAAAUGAUGUUGGUAUAUCAGCGCUACGUCGUGUGCUCUGUGCGUACGCACUCAAGAACCCCACCAUCGGCUACUGUCAGGCGAUGAACAUCGUGGCGUCUGUCCUGCUGAUCUACUGCCCCGAGGAGCAGGCAUUCUGGCUGCUGGCCACUAUAUGCGAAACUCUACUGCCUGAUUAUUAUAAUACAAGGGUCGUUGGUGCUCUGGUGGAUCAAGGCGUGCUGGACGACCUGACGAAGAGUCACCUCCCGGAGCUGCACGCCAAGCUGGACGAGCUGGGCAUGAUGAAGAUGAUCUCGCUCUCCUGGUUCCUGACGCUCUUCAUCAGCGUCAUGCCGUACGAGUGCGCCGUCAAUGUCAUGGACUGCUUCUUCUAUGACGGCGCUAAAGUUAUAUUCCAGGUGACUCUGACAAUUCUGGACAUCAACCGCGACAAGCUGCUGAAGUGCGCGGAGGACGGGCAGGCGAUGCAGGUGCUCAGCGAAUACCUUGAGGGUAUCUACAACGAAGAGGCCAUGGCGCUUUCCACUGAGCCUAGGACUGCUGAUAAGACCAUAAAGAUCCAAGAGUUGGUGUACCAGUCGUACCGGUCUUACGGCGCGGCGGUGAGCAGCGAGUGCAUAGAGCAUCUCCGUCUCAAACAUCGUCUGCGUGUCGUGCGGCAACUAGAGGACAGUCUCGAGAAGAACACGCUGCGUGCGCUGCAGCACGACCGGCUGCUCGACCACAACGAGCUGCAGGAACUUCUGAGUGUAAUCCGCGAGGAGUUGUUCUGGGCGAAGAGAGUGCCGUGCGAGCGUCUGGAGGCACCGUACGAGGCUUACAGGCUGGACUAUUCCCAGUUCAAGACUCUCUUCACUGCCCUCUCGCCCUGGGCCAGGGGAGAGUACGCCGAUGCUAUCACUGCUAGAAUGUUUAAGUUGGUGGACCACGAUGACGACGGUGUGGUGAGCGCGCGCGGACUGAGCGUGGCGCUGGGUCUGAGCGCGCGCGCAGAUGCGCAGCGGCGGCUGAGGGCGCUGUACUGUGCGCACGCGCCGCCACUGCUCAGUGCGCUGGACCUGCUGCCCUCGCACUACACCGACACCGGAGAGGAGCUCGCCGCUGACGCCAUCUCCUUCUUUGACAAUGUGGACAGUCCUCCGAGCCCUGAGGUUGCGGGUACUCCGGGCGGGCUGCAGCGCUCCAUCAGUCAGGUGUGCGGAGACGCCACAUACAUGGACAAGUCCACUGACAGCGCGUACACACAAUCCGAUACGGAGGCGGGUGCUGUGCGUGCGUGUGCGCUGGUAGGUCUGACAACGCCUGGCACACCUUCCAGUCCUCCUUGCGCUCCGCCAGCGCUGCCCCGAGCACACCUGCUGCGUCUGCUGGCCGCGCUGCACGGUCUCACUGAACACAGCGCACCGCUGUACGAGGCCGUCGCCAGAGCUGGCACUCUGCUGCUGCAGCUGGGGGAGCUGUCGCAGCUGCAGCAGCGGCCGGCGCUGGACCGCGAGGUGUCACAGGACAGCCUCUACCUCGCCGCCUGCUCCAACCAGCCGCAGGUAGUCAAGCUGGAUCCAAACGGUAACCAAACAGUAGAUGAGGGAACAUCAUCCGCUCAGAUGUCACCGUCAAAGGAAAAUGAACCUUCUGCUGAGAGCGAAUGGUUCAUAACCCUGGAGCAGUUCCUGGCGACGAUGCUCACAGAACCUCUGUUGGAGGAGUUCUUUAACAGGCAAUUCCCUUUGUUGCCUCAAUUGGAAGCGUUGCGACAACGAGAUCGUUCACAAUCUAUAUCUUAACUUGUUUUGAUACUUGAUCAACUAAUCUUGAUACUUUAAGUUUUUCUUUAUAUU